UCUACCUUGCAAACAGGGCCUGGGAUACGGUCUCUCUCUUCUUCCUCCACCUCUUCUGCCUUGACCGGCGACUUAGAUAGAGGCUUGGCAUCUUUUUCGUUUCUCUUUGGCUUCUUCGCCUGAACCGCUAAAUCCGCACGCCGUUUCCUCUUGGUUGCCACCAUCGUGCCUCACCGCCGUCUCUCUUGCUCUACUUCCGGCCCUGCUGCACUCUCCUCUUUCCGGUCUCUAUGGUACCGUGUGCUCGGCUCUGCAGUCCUGUCCCACUCUAUGGUGCCUCUUUCCGGUCUCGUGGUAUUGCACGCUCGGCUCUCUAGAUCUCCUUCCGCUCUGUGGUGACGGUGGCCCAGCGGGUAGGCGGGUCUGAAGAAAGUGGCGGGACCGCUCUUCUUCCUUUUCGGUUUCCUGGCUGGGAGGAGUUCCCCGGCGCCGGACCUACCGCAAAGGUGUUUGCUGAUUCUCGGGAACAGGUGUUGGCCCCGACAUUGGGAACUUCCCGGGCCGAAAAAGCAGACGACCAUGCCCCUCCUAACCCAACAGAUCCAAGACGAGAAUGAGUACAACUUAGUGGCCAGCCUUGACAACGUCAGGAAUUUAUCCACUAUCUUGAAAGCUAUUCAUUUCAGAGACUAUGCCACGUGUUUCGCUACUAAAAAUGGAAUCAAGGUUACAGUGGAACAUGCAAAGUGUGUGCAAGCAAAUGCUUUUAUUCAGGCUGAAAUAUUUCAAGAGUUUAUGGUUCAGGAAGAGUCUAUUACUUUUCGAAUUAAUUUAACUGUCCUUUUAGACUGCUUAUCUAUAUUUGGAUCAAGUCCUAUGCCAGGGACUUUAACUGCACUUCGAAUGUGUUACCAAGGUUAUGGUCACCCCUUGAUGUUAUUUCUGGAAGAGGGAGGAGUGGUGACAGUCUGUAAAAUCAAUACUCAGGAGCCUGAAGAGACUCUGGAUUUUGAUUUCUGCAGCACCAAUGUUAUUAAUAAAAUUAUUCUGCAGUCAGAGGGGCUCCGUGAAGCAUUUUCUGAAUUGGAUAUGACAAGUGAGGUCUUGCAGAUCACCAUGUCUCCUGACAAGCCGUAUUUCAGGUUAUCUACUUUUGGAAAUGCAGGAAGCUCCCACCUUGAUUAUCCCAAAGAUUCUGAUUUGAUGGAAGCAUUUCAUUGUAAUCAAACCCAGGUUAACAGAUACAAGAUUUCUUUACUGAAACCCUCUACAAAGGCAUUAGUUUUAUCUUGUAAGGUAUCUAUUCGGACAGAUAACCGAGGAUUCCUCUCAUUACAGUACAUGAUUAGAAAUGAAGAUGGACAAAUAUGUUUUGUGGAAUAUUACUGCUGCCCUGAUGAAGAAGUUCCUGAAUCUGAGUCUUGAGUAUAAAAAUUCACUGAUGUUUAUGUGUACAUUUAAGAAAGAUUAUGUUCUCAUUCUGAGUACAGUACUCAUGAUUUCUUGUUGGAUUUUUUGUAGGGAAGAAACAUGGAGAAGAUAGGAGCAAGGUCCCUGUAGGCUAGUAAUUGCUAUGUAUCUAACAAACAAAUGUUUUCAUGUCGGCGUAGACUAUCCAGCUUAUUGGUUGUCCUGUGGUUCUAUCUUUUGAACUCAUGGGAAUCAUUGUCAGUCAAAGUGAAUAAGUUAUGUUCUGUUUGUUUAAGUAGAAUGCUUAAUAGACUUAAGGUUUAAAGUUUGAUGAAGCUACAUAAAUAAGCUUCCCCCAGGAAAUUCUGAUGUGUGCUAAAGUUUGGAAACCAUUGUUUUGAAGGAUACUAUUAUUUUAUUGCAUAUAGGUGAUACUUUUACUUGUGAUUUCUUCACAAAGUUCUGAGGUUGAAGCAUUGUCAAAACAGUCUGAAAUAGUCCUUAUGUUUUAUUUUUUAUGUCCAUUUCUUGAAGAGUAGGAGUUAUAGAUUUUCUUCUCAGAACUGUUCAGGGCAGUAAGUACUGCAAUAAGUGUUUAAUAGGUACCUUUCCACUUGCCUAUGAUAGCCUCUUGAGUAAACCAGAGUAUAGAAAACCAAUUAAGUUAUUUUGUACUUUCCUGGGUAGUUUUCACUGAAAUAUUUUAUGUCGUUGUAUUUAAUAAUAUAAAAUACUAAAAUUAUCUGACUUCUUCUCUAAUUGAUAAAAUACAUGACUAAAGUUUUAUCUUUGUUACUAAACCAGGUGAUGACAGUUUGCUGUCUCCCAGUCAUGGACUAGCACCAUUGACCCUUUGGGUAUGAAAGUUCUUUAUGGGAAAAAACCUGUCAGGCCACUGCAGGAUUCAUUUAUCCUCCCUGGCAUUUACCUGUUAAAGCCAAUCAUUAUGACUACCUCCUCCCCCAAGUAAAAGUGCUCCAAACUUUUGAAGACCAAGAAUAAUAGUAACCCAAGUUCCAGGGUAUGUGUAGAAUGUUUUACCAUAAAAUAGACCCCAGAGCAUUAGAGGUAGUUAGUUUGGAGAGUAUUGCAGCAGGUGCCUUGUAGAGUGGCUCCUUCAAAGCUGCGAAGACAUGGCUUCCCAGCUGCAUACACAGUUUUGAUGUAGCCCAGGGUUAGUACCUGAUCUCCUGGCAAGUCUCCCAUGCAAUCUCUGUAUGUACUGCUGCUACACAAGAAGUUAAAAUUUUGUAAAAGUGUAGUAUGUGUUCAACAAGGAAAUGGAUGACUCUAAAUGUUGUCAGAAUUUUUUUGUUUAAACACCAAGAAUAUAGCAAAUCUAAAACAUAAUUAUGAAAAUAACCAGUCAACAUAUCAGGGUCUGUAAUUUUCCCUUGUAUUUAAAAUAAGGUAUUUAGAAUUUGUCUAACAGGUUUUCAGUUUUUACUAGAGCCACCCUUCUUAAAAAUAAAAAUCAGGGUAAUUAUUUUAGGUUUUGUUCACUAGUUUGUCCUAUAUCUAGAACAGUGCCUAGGAUAUAAUAAGCAUUUGAUAUAGAUAUUUGCUUGAUGAAAGAAACUCCACUUUCAGAUUAUCUUUUAGCAUUUUACUGGUCACUGUUUAAUUCUGCUUACUUAACUCUAAAUUUAUUUCAAUCUAACAUUUCUUUGAAAGCUGUACCUAUAAGCCACCACAUUUAACACAUUUGUGAGUAUUCUGUGCAUCCUAAUCUUGCACCAGUUGGUUUAGUAAUAAAUUUAUAAGUAGUAUAGGAACAAAUUUUUUAAAGCUUCACAUAAUGGUUGCAUCCCAUUUUUUUGCAAAAAGAAAAACCAAUUGGCAUAAAAUCUGCCAUAAUUAUUUGGUGGAAUAGUUUUUACUGUUUUAGCUUCUAAUGGCCACUAGGGGGAGGUUUCCUCAGGCAGAGCUGGUGACAGUGGUGACUACAAAUUCAUCUGAAAGAACACAGUCUUUCUUUUAAGAGUUUUAGUUUUGCUUUUUUGAAGUUUAUCUCAUUUUCAGUAAAACUGUACUUAGCAUGAAUAGGUAAGCAAUAUUUUUUAACAUUUUAUUCACCAUUUGUGCUUCCAAGUAGAAUUGAUGAAAUGCCUCAAAAUAAUAAAGAUAAAAUGCAUUAAAAUUUAUUUUUCUCAUAAAAAUAAGACAGCAGUCAUUUUUAUUAUAAGCCAUAGAAUUUCUUUGGCAUUAAAAGAAGUUCUAGUAAAAAAGUGUAACGUGGUAUUCUCAGCAGCUCCCUUCUUCUCUUUCCCUGCCCUUUACCAGCAGAGAUAAAAUUUAUUGGAUCCUGAGAAAUUGGAGAAGUGUAGUAUUUUUUUUUCUUAAUUAUAUUUCUAAUUUGCUUUGGUUCUGGAUACAGAAGCACCUAUAACAGCUGCCUGUGGCAUUUCUCGUAGGACUACAGGUAUUCAUCCUUGGAGUGGAGUGGGAAAUCCUUUAGAGCUCCUUGACUGCCAUGGGGGUCCUUGUAACCUGACACAUACAAAAGCAACACUGCCUGUUGUGUUACAGUUGCUUCAUAGUAUCCAUAUCUCAGUCAUGGCCUAAGAUUUUGAAAAUCAGAAUAAAUGUUUGAAGUAGGUUUUCUUUUUGAAACUAAGAGUUUGUUGAUCAAUAUAUACUAGUCGCGGCUCUCAAGUGGUAAAACUGAGAAUAUUCAAACCAUUUCAUCGGUUUGAUCUGAGUCUGAAUUUCUUUUUUCUAAUUUAGUACAGAGGUUGUAAGAAAAGAACUGAUCCUUAUCUCAAAAAUAUCAAAGUACAUUAGGCUCAGGUAAUUAAAUGUAAAAUAUUUGGAUUGGUUUAUCCAGAUUGCUCAUUUCCACUAAAUUUAGAAAGUAUCUUGGUUCUCAUCUACAACUUCCAAAUUCUAUUUUAUAUAAAAUUGUAUUAUGCUCAACAUUUCUAGUGUAUUUUCUUAAGACUGAGAUUUCACAAAACAGUAAAAUUUUUAAACUUCAGUGGAGCUCAGAGGAUUUUUAGGGCAGUGAAAUGCUCUGGAUAAUACUGUA